GUGACUGUUCGAUUCGUGCAACAAACGGUCUCGGUCCUUCUCCAGACGUUCGUCCUUCCAGGGAUCAGUCUCAAAACCUUCGGUGCAAAGAAGGGCGCGUGGGCUGUCGUCACCGGCGCUUCGGAUGGUAUCGGGAAGGAGUUCGCUACCCAGCUAGCAGGCCAGGGAUUCAACGUGCUUCUUGUGGCGCGGAAUGCCGCUGUGUUGAAUACCGUCGCUGAGGAAAUUA